ACAACAAAUGCAUGGCUUGAUUAUUUCAGUGCCUGUGCAGCCCUGGUGCAUUCUGCAUAACCAGAGCCAUUUAUAAAUUACUGAUAAAAUCCACAAAUAUUGACGGAUAUGUGUUACUGUUGUGCGGGAGGAGUUCGUGUUCUGAUCCCGCUCCAACAUAAUGAUUUUACGGAUCCCGUAUCGCCUGCACACUUAUGACUUGCUGAAGACCAUUGGCAUCGUUACGCUCAUCGUGUACUUGGCGCUGCCCUUCCGGUUUGCGUCCCACUACGACUACAUCGAUGUCGACCACAUAGAGGAGGCGCUGCUGCCGCAGGUCACGCUAAAUGUCUCCCUGCAGCAGCUGUUCGAAUGCACCUACACGGACAUCAUUGCCAACAACCGAUUUGUGUACGGUAGCGCCCACUACCACGAGAACGUGCAGCAUGAGGAAGAGAUCAGGCCAGGAGGGGAAUUCAUGCCGGAGCAGUGUCAGGCUCGGUACAGCACCGCCAUUAUUGUGCCCUACCGGCAGCGGGAGAAGCAGCUGCACGCCUUUCUCACCUACAUGCACAACUAUCUGCGCCAGCAACUGAUCCAUUAUCGAAUUUUUCUGGUCGAGCAGUACGACCAAAAGCCCUUCAACCGCGCCAUGCUCUUCAACAUCGGCGCCAAGGUGGCGGCCGAGUACGGAUUUCCGUGCCUCAUCCUCCACGACGUGGAUCUCAUGCCGCUCAAUUCCGCGCAGAUGUACGCCUGUGUGGAGAGGCCGCGUCACAUGUGCUCGGCCCUGGACCACUGGCGCUUCCACCUGCCCUACCAAGGCCUGUUUGGCGGUGUGGUGUCCAUAACAACCGAGCAGUUUAAGCAGAUAAACGGAAUGUCCAAUCUCUACCAUGGCUGGGGCGGCGAAGACGACGAUCUUUAUGUGCGUAUAAUGGCCGAGGCAAUUGGCAUCUGCCGCUUUGCACCGGAGUACAGUGAAUACACGAUGCUGAAGCACAAGCCGGAGCAGCCCAAUUCGAAUCGUGUGGCACUCCUUCGAGCCGCUAAAUUGCGGCAGCACAUGGAUGGCCUCAGCACGCUGGUCUACAAGGAGGUGGAACGACGGAUGCACAGCCUGUUCACGCACAUUCUGGUGGAGACCUGAGCGGCGACUCAGUAUUGUUAAUUAGCUUUUAGCUUUUAACCAUUUGUUAGGGUACUAAGACUAGAACUAGGACGAAAUAGGGUGUGCCCAGUGGAUAGUUACUCCACCCAGGAGAGGGGGCUUGUUGGCUAGUUAGUCGCACUGUUUUAGUGGCUGGCAUUUUGAAUUGUUUUAGAUUUGGGAGAUACAUAGAUAGUUUUAGAUAGUUUAUCAAGAGAUUAGCUACUUUGAUCGUGAUAUCUCCACUCAUUAGGCUAAGACGGGAAACAAAGCUGUUAUGGAAAUAGUAGUACAAUGUGAAAAUCCUUGAAUACUUAAGACUAUGCUGAAUAAUCAUGAUUAAGCACCACGCUCUGCAUCUGCCAAAAGUAAAUGAAUAAAUGUGCAAACUGUUUGUUGAAUGGAA